UGUAUAAUUAUUUUCAAAAUUAAUUUUACUAUUAAGUAAACAAUAGAUGUUAUAAAAAAUGGUAUUUUCUUAUCUACUUUCCUUACAAAUUAUUAUUAAAUUGUAACAUUAAAAUGCUUACUAAGCAUUUGAAUAAUCUAUCUGCAUUGAAUUAUUCAUGAUGUUUAACAUUGAAAAUUACAGGGUCAUAUUUGUGCACAAGUUGGCAUUUUCUAAUUAGUGCAUGUUUAAUUUUUAAGUAUAUUAAUUUUAAAAUCAAUUUCAUCAUUUUUAAUACAUUUUGUGCAGGUAUAAUUCAUAAAGACCAUGGUUCUGUGCUCAAAAAAUUAUUCUUGGCAGUCCCGUUUUUUGACCUUAAUAUUUAAUAUGGGCAGUUCAUUUUCGUCACAGCGUGCGUCUGGUUUUAGUAUCAUGAUGGCUUCAUAACGUCACUAGAACACAGAAUAGUGUCAUCAUAAUGGUAAUAAUUGCUGAAAUCAUUUGAGUCUCGUAGAAAAUGGCAGAAACCAGGAGGAAGAAAGAUAACAAAACUUGUGGUGUAUGUGGAGAUCUUGCUUUAGGAAGUAAUUUUAAUGCCAUCACAUGUGAAUCUUGCAAAGCUUUUUUCCGUAGAAAUGCAUUAAAACCAAAGGAGUUCAACUGUCCAUUUGAAAACAAUUGCAAUGUAGACAGGGUUACUCGUCGCUUUUGUCAAAAAUGCAGAUUGAAAAAAUGCUUUGCAAUUGGUAUGAAAAAGGAAUGGAUUAUGUCGGAAGAGGAGAAAAAAGCUAAACGUGAAAAGAUAGAAAAAAACAGAUUGAAACGAAAUAACCAACAAGCAAAACUAGAAGUGCAAGAUCUUACUUACAUAAAAGUUGAAAGCCCUGAUGAUUCACAAGUGCUGUUAAGUCCAUUGUCUACCAUAUCCCCAAUGACUCCUCAAACACCUGGUAGUAUUGGAAUGACUCCCGAUCUUCCAAAAACACAUUCAUUUAACCAUCAACCUUUAACACCAUCUGACUGUGAAUAUAGUCCACCAGCAAAAAUAAUGCAUCUGGAAAGUACCUCGGAUACGACUCAAGAUGCCACAAUUUCUGAUGAUUCAAAUCACCAAGAAGGCUCAGUGACGGAUGAAAAUAGUGAAAUUGUCGAAGCUCUGUCUGAUUCGGAAACAUCUUUAGCUGCUAGAAUAAAUUCUGCCGAUUGCAGUAAUAGUUCAUCCCAAGAAAAACCUUGUGAUGUUCAAUCACCCAAAACUAAUUUGUUCAUUGAUAAACUAUCAUGUAAAACAGAAGAUCUUCCACCAUCCGCAUAUGCAAAAGCAGUGGAAAUUGAAUUUACAGAACUUCCUAUUAGAACUUCAACAAAUUCAAAUGAGCUUAAUACUCUUGAGAAACAAAAACUCCACGAACUACUAUUGGCCAAUGAGAUUUUGAAACUGCCUUUAGUUUUUGGUUUCUCAGAUCCAAGUUUAAUAGAUGUCAUAAAUAUGACAGAUCAUGCUAUUCGUCGCCUUAUCAAGAUGUCUAAAAAGAUAACUGCUUUUAAAAAUUUGUGCCAAGAUGAUCAGAUUGCUUUGUUGAAAGGCGGAUGUACCGAGUUGAUGAUUUUGCGAUCUGUUAUGUCAUACGAUCCAGAAAAAAACUGUUGGGAAGGUUCACAAGCACCUCCUGGUAUGUCAAUCAAAGUUGAUGUUCUAAAAGAAGCUAAAGGUAACCUUUAUGAAGAGCAUAAAAGAUUUUUAAACUCAUUUCAUCCACAAUGGAGAGCAGAUGAAAACAUCAUGCUUAUACUGGGGGGGAUAGCUUUAUUCACUCCUGAGCGGCCAAACACAAUCCAUAAAGAAACUAUUAAACUGGAGCAAGAUACAUAUUAUUAUUUACUAAGACGUUAUUUAGACACAGUAUAUAGUUGGUGUGAUGCAAGAACUAUUUACUUGAAACUCAUUCAUAAAAUUCAAGAGCUACACAUUUUAAAUGAGAAUCAUGUGCGAGUUUAUUUGGAUGUGAACCCAAAAGAUGUUGAACCUUUGUUAAUUGAAAUUUUUGACUUGAAGCAUUGAGACUUGAAUUCAAAUUGUUGAUUAUUUGUCAUUUUAUUCUAUGAAGGUUCAAAUCAUGUAAAAAAGAUAUUGUUAAAUUUCAUCUAUUUGUUAGUUAUUCUAUUUACCGUAACUCUACCUCGGGCGUAUUUAAAUGAUUAUUUGCUGUUUUAGUUCAGUAAUAUGAUUACGCCGUAGGCACAAUGCAUAUUUUUAAUAUAAUAUAAUCCACUGUUCUGAAUUGGGUAUAUAAGUUAGAAGAGAAAAAAAGGCUUUUGUCUGUGCAAUAUUUUCUCACAAUUUGUAAAGUCGAUAACAGCUUAUUUCAUUUAAUGUUAUUGGCAUUCAAUUAUGCAUAAAAAAAGUGGAAGUUAGCAAUUAUGUUUGUACAACAUUUUUUACAAUGAUAAUAAACUUUAAAAAAUGCCUUAUUCAUGGUUUUUAACAUUUUUUUUUAGAUUUAAACUUUUGCAUAAGCAUGUACUUUAUGCAAUGCAGUGAAAAUUUUCUGCUUUUAGAAUCUUUUUCUAAAAUGUAAUUAAGUGACAAAAUGCAUACAGCAAAUAUAAUUCAGAAAAUAUAUCCUCCAAAUGUGUGUGAUUUUGAAACUUAUAAGUAACCAAAACAUUUCUUUAUAUGAUUUUCCAAAUUUUAGAAUCACUUUUAAAAUAUUCAGAGGCAUUAUUAGCUGUUAAAAUAUAUUUUUACUACAUUUUGUUUUGUGAUUGUUCUUAGAUUGUUUACAAAUGCUUUUUUAAGCUAGUCAUUGUUGCAUUAAAAUUUAUAAGUACAAAAUCGUUUUUUUUUGUUCUUUCAAAUGUAUUUUUGUCUUACAGACUUUACUUAAAGUCCUUGUUAGCAGCAUACAUCAAGAUAUGUUUGCAUGUUUUUUAUUGCUCAAACAUACUUUCACAUAACUUUUGUUUUCUUAUCAGCAUGUUUAAAAAAAGUGAAAUCAAAUAGAACUAUUUUAUGGCUUACUAUCCAUUUCUUACUUUACAAAUUUUAAUUCUUAUAUUUGCAGAAUCUGAUUUUAACAUUAUUAAAAUUCUGUUAAUUUUUCUUUCUUUCUUUUUUUCAGUAUUCAUUUAUUACUUGUUAAUGAUUUAGUAUACAACUUUAUUUAUGUGCUUAUAGCCUUUAAUGCUUUAAUCUAUCCAUCUCUUCCUUAAACAUACAGUUUUGACUGUGGAUGCUUCUGGAGUAGAGUUGCAUGUUUUCACAAUAUUUUGUGCAAUCAUUACAAUACCUGUACUAAACACAUUUUAUGAAAACUAUCAUCAUUUAACUUUGCAUCAAAAAGUAAAAAACAAGAGAUAAAUUUGAGGCUUCAGUAGAACUUAAUUUUUCAUCAUCCAUUCAAGUAGACUUAUAAAUAGCAAAAGCAAAAUAUUUACAGAUUUCAGUUCAACCGGGUUUUUCACAUGAUUUUACUAUUGCCCACCAAAAACAAAAACUAUGUGUAAGCAAAUUAUAUUGCUCGAUGGUGACAAUAACAGCACAUGUCAAAGUCAACAGAAUGUAAUAAUUAUUGAUUUAUAAUCUAAAUUUAAUGCUAUUUUUGCCAUAAAAAUUUCACCAAGUUAGUUUAUACAAUGAGUGCACGGGAGUAAAUAAACACAAUCAACAGCGACACAAUUUCAUACCUCAAGAGAAGAAUAUUUCAAGCUUCAAAUAUGCUCUAUUAAUUUAGACAAAAAAACAAAAAAAAAAAAAAAAACAGUAGACAUAACUGCAUAAAUCCUUAAUUUUCCCCAAUUCUGUUUUUUUUUUCUUUCCCCCAGAACUGUCACAUAAGUCAUGGAAAGCGAUAUAUUGCUUACACAUAUCUUAUUCGGCUGGCAAAAAAUAUGUUAUAUGCAAAAAUUGUGUCACCUAUCAUUAUCAGUAUCGCUCUAUAAUUUUAUCAAAAUCAUUUUGAAAGAUAUUUAGAUCAACAAAACACGGAAGUGCCUCAGUAUGCAUGUAAGAAACAUACUUCUUUAAAAAGAAAUAUUUAUAAAAAUAUUCCAUCCACUUUUGUACAAUACAUUCAAAACCUCAUUCAAAUUAACAUCAGUUAAGAGUAGAGCAGAUUAAUUAUGCCUUGCGUUUGCAUUGGUAUAUUUUGUAUAUCUGUUGCUAAUUAUUAAAGAAGAAACUUCUAUAGAUUCAAAGUGAUAUCAAUUGAAUUAUAUACAUUUUCAUUUUCUUGGCAUUCGUAGUACUGUCGGACCGCCGAUUAUAUGGAAAGGCUAAUAUCCGGUUUACAAGCUUGGACGCUUUGAUUACCUUUCAGGGAUAGUAGUAUUUCUGAUACAGAUGUGCACUUUUGCCUCUUAAUUAUUUGGACUCAGUUUUUUUAAAGUGACAAUUUAUUCACUGCAAUGAUUUUUAAACAAAAAUUAUGCUCAAUCUUAUUCUCACUCAGAAAUGAAUUUAUUGUAUUUUGUUACAACAUAAUUUUGAACUUACGAGUUUGCUUUUAAAUUUCCGAACAAAAUGAAAGCAUUUUAUUUUCCUUUUGUUGUUUCCAUAGAAACUCAUUUUGUUUGCACUUAUUCUCAUCUCAAUAAAGGUAAUAAAUAAAUAAGGCCCUAGUGAAAUUAUGAAACGCAAAAAAUUGAAAUCCCAUCGCUAUUUUUCCUUCGCCCCUGCUUGAUUCAUUCAGAUGGAAUCGCUUUAACUUGUUCGAUUGCAAAAUUACAUACAAUCCAUGGUCAAACAGUACUAUCUUUUUCAUAUGUGAAGAAACAAAUACAAAAGCACAUCAUCAUAAUUUUAGCUUCUUUUUUUUUUCUUCUUUUUUCCUGUGCUUAAAUGUACCUUAAAUGUCAUUAUUAAUAUUUUAAAUGUAUUAUUGCUGAAUUGUUACUUUAAAAUCAUGCAGUUUAAUUUCAGAAUAGAAUACUUGAUUGUACUGGGAUUGAGUAACUCUGUUGUAUGCUUCAGUUAUCCUAUGUAAGUUGUUUUCAUUAGAAUGUAUUUUUAAAUGGAUCAUGGUAUAGAAUUGUCGCAAUUAUGAUGAUUGGCUAAAAGGAGCAUUUUCUCUACUGAAAAUUCUGCUAGUCAGAAAAGUGAACAAAUGUAUGGUAAAUGGUUGGAGUGAGCAGAAAAUGAAUAACUAUCUCAGCUUAAUUCUUAUUUGUAAAACAAAUAACUUUAAGUGUAAUUUAAAGGAAGCAUUUGAAAUGUUUUAAAAAUCUUAUGAGCAAACAUGAUCAUAAUUACAUUUAAUCCCAUUAAUACAAGUUAGAAUCAUUUAAAUCAACUUUUAGAAACAUAUCACUAAUCUUCUUCUUAAACGGUAAACGUGGCGCAUCAAUUUAUUUAAACAUAAUGAAAUAUAUACACUCAAAUAUGUGUGCGUACUUGUUUUUUUUUUCUUCCCCACAACCUACCACAAGUGCCACUUCAAGAUGAUUGUCAUUUUUAAAAUCUCGGACGAAGUUUUACUAUCAAAAGCUAAGAGAAAACAUAGGUAGGAAAAAAAAUUGGUAAUUGAAGAGGGACGUUGCCUUUGCAUAAUUUAACAAAACGGUUACUAUAUCAUAGAGUCAUUGUUAAGAUAUUCUACUGUAUCUGACGUGGUCAUUCAGUUCAUAUAAUCAUUGAUUUAGAAAUGACUGUAUUAAAACACUGCUCUAUUUAAAAAAUAAACAAAAACUUGUAUUUAUUUUCAUAGUUAAUCACAGUGCUCCCUUUGCCAAUAGUGAUUCAUUUUUAGCAAAUAAUAUUAGAUGAAAUUUCUAUGAAUUUGUAAAAUAGUAUUUAUAAACUUAACUGAAAUACACAGCAGAAAGCAUUUAAAAUAAUAUUCAUAAACGUUUCUGGAUCAAUAGCAUUGUUUCCCUAAUAUUGCUAAUUCAUAUUUUUAAUGCUUUAGCCAACUUUAAAGGCUUGGUGUAAAUAUUUAGUUAUAAUAAAGCAAAAGAUAAAGCAUUAUAAUAAAGCAGAAAUCUCAAAAAAAAAAAAAAAAAAAACUUUUACAUUUUGCAAAUGUGUUCUUUAAAUUAUAUCAUAAAAAGGAAUUAAUUCUUUGACAUGUGAGAAAAUGUCUAGAUUUUAUAUGUGUAUAUAGGUAGGAAAGAUUGUAUAAGGCUGGAAUGACUAAUAUCUUCCAUUUUAAAUGUUUGUUAUUUAUUUUGUAUGUUGUAUUAUUUGUAUUGAUACUAAAUCAAACGUGCAGUGCAAAUUUCUGUGGGAGCUUUCAUAAUGUUUUUGCAUUGAUAUUUUAGGUAUUUCAUCUGACAUACUUAUUAUGGCAUGUAUAUGGCCCUAAUCACACCGCAUGAGCAAAGGGCACCCUGGCUAGCAAUUUAGAGCAGACAUAAAAGCAGUCUGUAAAAUAUUGCUUAAAAUUAAAAAAUUAAAAAUAUUGUAUCAAGCACAGUAUCCGUCUCCACAAAAUAUAUAUAUUAUAUAAACAUCACCUGAAGAUUUUAGAAAUAAAUAUAUGUUCAUGACCUCUUUCAAAUUGCAUUGUAGCAUCAGUUUUCAUAUAUGGGUCAUUCCACAGUAUUUGACUAAAAUAUCUGUAUGUAAUGUUAAAUCUCAAAAUAAUUCAGAAAUUUACUUUUGUAGCUGUUGCACCUUGCAGAAGUAAAAUGCAAAAGACCACUAAUUUUUUUAGUCUAUUGUAUUGAAUUCUUAUGCAGUUAGACUGAUAAAACUGAAAAUUCUAUGUUAAGCAUUUUGACGUUGAGGGAAUUUAUCAUGAUAUAAGGCUGUGGUCUCCAACUGUUUUUGCCCAAAGGCCACAUUGUAAAUUUUUAGUGGUGAGGCAGGCCAGCCAUCUAUAUUCUAAAUUAGAUGGCCUAGUAUCUAAAUAGUGCUAGACCCC